AGAAGAGUGGAAGCUGUUACAGUUGCAUAGCGGUUUAUGAAUUUUGAACGCAAUGUCAUUAAAGUCAAGGGUCUUUAAGUAAAUACAUUUUGGAUUCAAUUUACUUAAUAAAGCCUUAAGUCAAUGUAUAGCUUGAAGUGUGUUUCCCAAUGAUAAACUGCAUUAAUUAAACUAAAUCUUAGUUCAGUAUCUUGUGAUUCAAUAUACAGUUAGGUUUAACACAGAAAAAUCCAUCAACCUUGCCAUGUUGACUGUAGUACCCCUACUUGUCUUUCUGAAGCUAUGCUGGGGAUUUUCCUCACCACACAUUCAGCAGUGUUGAUUGAAGAUGUGCCUCUGACCGAUGAAGAGAUCCAUCAAGAUUUGUCAGCAACAAACCCUCCUCAGAGGGUCUACGCCCUGUACAACAAGAUGGGCUUUAACUGCUUCAUAGCAGCUGCUGUCUACGUUGUGUUUGGAGUCUUCUCCUGCUGCCAGAUGAGGCUUAACAAGCAGAAGGUGAGUUUGUUCAUUUGGCUUAUUUGAAUUUAAUGUUAUUGACCAUUGCUAAAAGGGUUAGUCCACACUGGCGGA